AUGAUCAGUGUUCUGGGACUGAUAUUUCAGUCGUCCCUAUUUAUAGGGUCAGGAAUAGUGUCUGGAGUGUGGUUUGAUAGGUUUUUUUAUCGCAAAAGUGCCAUUAGCUCUGCUGCUAAUAAUAGUAGUGGCGAAUCAACCAGCACUGUUGUGGUACGUUUGUUGUCAAACACAACAGUGUCAUUGGCUGUGGUAUUAGCUCAACUGGUACUAUGUGAGAUUGGAGGUUGGGUUGCUCCAGAGGCUAGGUUUGUGGUGUGGAAGGUAGCGACGACCGCCCUUCUGGCUUUGGUGGGGCUUGUGAUUCCUUUUGCUGAAAUAGUAAUCUGGACCCGAGGCAGUAGCGGUGGUACUAAAUUGCGAGGCUUUUGGGCCUGUUUAUUGUAUGCUGUUUACUUAUUGCUAUUUGUUGGAGUCGGUCAUUAUAUUCCCAUGGAUACUUCUGGUACGCUCAAACCAUCGAGUUUGGGAGGAGCCAAUACUGCUGCUCAAAGUAACGCCAGCGGUAGGUUCAGCAGUUCAGGCAGCUAUUCACAUAAUGCUAGUAUUUUUGCAGCAGACUUGCAACUUAGCUUCAGUGAGUCUGUAAUUACACGAAUAGUAUUUGUAGGGGUCACAGCUAUGGCUAUCUUGUGCGGGAUCUCGACAGUUUCUGCCCCUUACACCGUCUUUAUUUCUAAACCCAGCCCUGUAAGCCAAGCUGAUAUCGAUAGACUAGAUGGAGCUAUUACCACCACCGGAGCUCUAAUUGAAACAAAGAGGCAUACUAUUCAUACACUUAGGUUAAAACUUUCUCACAGGGUACACACAAGUUCAUCGACUAAUCUGAUGUUGAAAGUAUUGAGUACCUUACGGGUCGGAGCAGGUGACGAGCUGGCAAAUGAAAUCAAGGCGUUGGAUACGGAAAUAGAUUCGCUUCAAUCAAUGAAGUCUGAUCUUGAAAGAGAUUACGCCUCUUUGAAAGCGAAAUAUCAUAAUCAGCAGUAUUCACUUACUUUUCAAGGAAGACUGAAAACGAAACUGUAUUUUGUGUUUGCUGUAUAUUGUUUAUACAGAUUUAUCAACAUUAUGUUAAUUCGGAAUCCGUUUAUCUCUUCUUGGAAUAUAUCGCGACGUAUUUAUGGAUCUUCUUCUGCGUCUGCUUCGAAGGGUGAAUCUGACGCCCUGGUCAUGUCUUUGGCUCAUAUGGUGCAGCUCAUUUCACCACAAUCCGAAAUUGAAGCUCUGUCCCGUCAGAUUGGUUUUGCUGUAUCAGGAUUAUUAUUCCUUGCUUCCAUUUCAAGUGUUGCCACUACUUUUAGUACGCUGUCGAAAGCGCUCCCUUUUCUGAAUUUCAGGAAGCAUUCUAAUCACCAUGGUGCUGGCGCAAACAUCCCUUUGACUGGACUCGUGAUAUCUCAGGUUCUUGCAGUCUAUGUCAUUUCUACCUCGUUGCUCCUAAGAAGCAAUUUGCCUUCCAAAAUGUCCUCUGCAAUAACUUCGGCAUUGAGCUCGCCAUUAAAUGUCUCCUCUGUACAAGAGUGGUCUGACUCAGUAAUUUUUGCCUCUACUUGUGUUAUGUUGGUUGGCCUCUACCUGGCUAACAAGUAUAGAUCGGCCGACGAAGUGUCUCUGUAUGAUGAGGAGGCACUUAUAGAGACUAAGUUCGAUUAG